AUCAGAGGCCACACCAUCAUAGCAGUGGAGCAGGCCAGCCGGGACAGGGUCCUCAUGUGGCACCUGCUGCAUCACCAGGCUGUGUGAACGGACUCAAUUGCCAGAACUCACAGAACAGCAGUAUGAGCACCAAAACCUCACAGGAAAAAUGGAGAAAGUGAUGGAUGAUUUCAGAACUUCAGCUCCUGAGGCAAGAGGUCCUCCCAACCCUAAUGUCGAAUAUAUUCCCUUUGAUGAAAUGAAGGAAAGAAUACUGAAAAUUGUCACUGGAUUUAAGGUGCACGGCCAUCAAACUGGAACAUCAGCUCCCCGGCCCUCAAACUGCAACUGGAAUAUCAUCUCAACAUCAGCUCCUCUCCAGGUCUGCGGCUGCAAGACCCUCAAAUAGGAAAAUUAGUUCCUCGCCGGGUCCGCGGCUGCGAGACCCUCAAACUGGAACAUCAGCUCCUCCCCGG